AUGAGCAAAUCUAGUGAUCAUCGAUCAUCACGCAGUUCAAAAGAUUCUCAUCGUGAUCGAGACAGCCAUAAAGAUAAUCGUGAAGAUAAAUCAUCAUCAAAUCAUUCAGCAGUGAAUAAUGCUGUUUCCACAACAACAGAUCGAGCUUUUAAGGAUAAACAUCAUCCAUUAUUAAUUGCUAUUUGGAAUACAGAUCGUACACAAACAAAUUUAGAAGAAAAACUUAAAGGUCUUCGCGAUUUAAUCAAAAAAGGAACAAACCUAAAUGUUAAUUGUGACAUUUUACAUGAACAAACUGGUACACCUAUAGCUCAAGUAUCACCAUUGAUAAUUGCUUGUUUUGAAGGAGAUAUUGAUAUUAUUCGACUGUUUGUUGAAAAUGGUGCUGAUCCAAAUCAAACGGAAAGUGAACAUCAUUUAACACCUAUUCAUGUUUUAUGUGAUGCUGAAUAUCAUGGACAAUGCUUAAGACAAAAAGAUCGUGCUGAUUUAAUUCGUUUAUUAGUUAAACAUGGUGCCCAAGUUAAUCAUUUAGAUCGAAGUUCAAUGGCACCUAUUCAUAAAGCUGUUAUUCAUGAUCGACCUGAAUGUGUUCAAGUAUUAAUGGAAUCACGUGCUGAUCCAAAUGUUGCGUUCAUGGGUGACACACCAUUGAGUAUUGCAGCUCGACAUAAUCGAAAAAACAUUGUUCAGAUUCUACUCAAUCAUAAAGAAACUAAUGUUAAUCAUCGUAAUGAUCAAGGUGGUACAGCACUUCAUUUUGCUAGCGCUGCAAUAGUUGAUAGUCCAGAAUGUGUUGAAUUAUUAUUACAACAUGGUGCUAAAGUAAAUGCGCAAGAUUUGAAAAAUAACACAGCUGCAAUGGUUGCUUGUUUUUUUAAUAAACCAAGGAUUUUAACUACUCUCAUUCGAACUGGUGCUGAUCUUGUACCACGAAAUAAUGAAGGAAAAGAUGCAUAUGAUGUAGCCGUAGAAAAAGAGUUCGAUGAAUGCAAAGAUAUUGUUGCUAAAGCACUUGAAAAAAGAGGUAUUAAGGCAGGUACUAAGCCCAAUCAAACAUCGACGAAAACUGAUAAGUUAACCAAUGAUGUUGACAAAUUAAAAAUUAAACGUUAG